AUGUGGAACUUGGACUGGAUGACUGGAUAUGGAAAAUUGGCAUUAGUUAUCAUUGUUAUUUCAUCUUUAGUUGUAGAAUAUCCAGAGAGCUUAGGUGUGACACCGCGGGACCAGAGCUUUUCCGCGGUUGCGGACGGAAGAGAGGGCUGGAGCCGGUCGGAUCCGCGCGGCUUUUUCACUCCGGAGGACGAGGAAGAAGAGGAACCGGCUCUAGAGGAGCUGGAGCAGCGUGAGGUGCUCGUGCUAGGGCUGGAUGGCUCUGGGAAGAGCACGUUCCUGCGCGUGCUGUCGGGGAAGACACCGCUGGAAGGCCACGUCCCCACCUGGGGUUUCAACUCAGUGCGGCUGCCCACCAAAGACUUCGAGGUGGACCUUCUAGAAAUUGGUGGCAGACAGAACCUGCGCUUCUACUGGAAGGAGUUUGUGAAUAAGGUGGAUGUACUAGUGUUCAUGGUGGACUCAGCUGACCGGCUGCGGCUGCCCUGGGCCCGACAGGAGCUGCGCAAGCUGCUAGACAAGGACCCUGACCUGCCUGUCGUCAUAGUGGCCAACAAGCAGGACCUGAGUGAAGCCAUGAGUGUGGUGGAGCUGCAGCAGGAGCUGGGGCUGCAGGCCAUUGACAGCCAGCGGGAGGUUUUCCUCUUGGCGGCCAGCAUCGCCCCUGCAGGAUCUAACUUUGAAGAACCUGGCACCGUGCACAUCUGGAAACUACUCUUGGAGCUUCUCUCCUAGGCUGGGUCUGCCUACUCUCUGCCUAGCUCUGGUUCCACUGCCUUCUGCUUCAACACCAGCCUGAGCCCAGGGCAAAAGCCACAUGACAGCACUUUUCACUUGUCAUCCUUACCUUCUCAAGAGCAAGGCCAAGAACCAUACAGAACCCUUGCUAGUGUGGUGGCCAUGAGGCUGAAGCAGGGAGGUGGGGAGGCAGAGAAUGGGGGAAGAUAGAGUAGCUCCUUCCAGGUUAGAAUGUGGGUCCAGCUUUCUCUUCUCUUACCUGCACAGUGACAUGCUCAGUGGGCUUAGUCGUCCCCUCCCUGCAGGUCUCAGUGGUUAAAGAAUCAGUAGAGGUCAUAAGUACCCCUAGAGGCUUCAGGUCUCCUGGUCUACUUUUGAUGACUUCAUGCCCUUUUCAGGUGGGCAGGUUCUCGGUGGUAUGAAGUGAGCCCUUGCUCCCAGUCCUACGUUGUCCUCCAGCCCCUGCUCUGCCUAACUGGCUUGUGGCCUUGUUCAGUCUGCCUUUCUGGCCCCAGGGCCAUCAUUUUUAAAGGGAGGUUUCCAUGUUUUUUUGUAACUGCCAGCUAUGGAGAUACAGAGUGCUAGGGGUGAACCCAGAGACCUUAGCAAGGAGCUUGCCAAAUACCUCCCAGUUUUUAAGACCUGGUCUGCCCACAUCUCUUGAAUACAGAGUAAGUACAGUUUAUCCACCAAAAGAAAGGGUGAAGUUUGGGUCUUCCCCCUGAUCUGGAGGCAGACUGCUACUCUUAUACUAACUGUGCCAAUGCCCAUGUUUACAUAAGUCUGGGGAAGGAAGGAGCUCAAGUCUCUGGGAAUAAGACUGUCAGCUAGAGCUGGGAGUUGGACUCAGAACUGUGUUUUAUUUAUUUAUGUAUUUAUCAAAGGAACCAGCCAAAGUUCUAGUUCUGUUUCUAGGUGCUGUAAUCAAAACACCAGGAGAUUGUCACAGAAAAUGUGGAACUUUGAGAAAAAUAGCAAGCUUCAUGAAUAAUAUUGAGAUAACCUACAGAUGUCAAUGGAGUCAAAGCUGUAGUGCCCCCUAGGGGACCUUUGAGAGUGUAAUUAAGAUCAUUACUUCACAAUGAUCCACAACUUAAAACUGCCCUAGUCCCAAAUGUUGGAGACACACAGAUCUCUUCUAGGUAGAUAACAAAUGACUGGGAGAGAUUUCCGUCAUGUAAAUCCAGGUAAAAAAUAAUUUCAUCACGAGUUGAUCAUGGCUCACACCUGUAACCCCAGCAACUUGGAAGGCUGAGGCAGGAAUGAAAGUUUAAGGCCAUCCUGGGCUACUUAGACCCUGCCUCACAAUUUUAAAAGGGUUCUGGGCAUGAUGGUAGCACACACCUGUAAUCCCAGCACUCAGGAGGUGAAGCUUGAAGACUGCAGCAAGUUCAAGG